CUUAGAAAUAUGGCAGCGCCCAUGAGCUGCACUGACUGGCACUCUCAAUUUAGUAGUUAGUUGUACUUCGGACACUUCGAUAAAAGCCACAAUGCAAGACAGGAUCCUGAACUUGAGAUUGAUAUAGAUUGGCUGGAGUUAUAGAUCAUCAUAAGUAAAGUUGUGAAGCCAAGUACAAUGUUCCUUGGACGGAUGGGCUCCCACAGCACAUUAGGUCAAUGGUUCCAAUGGUGUGCACUGAAAAUGCGUGUGACUUCCAGGGUGACAAGUACCAUAUUUCAGGGCAGACACUUUGGGUCAAAUUUGUCCAUGAAAUUUGUGCUUGGUAUAGAGACCAGCUGUGAUGACACAGGGGCUGCUGUCGUUGAUAGUAAUGGAAAAGUAAUUGGUGAAGCCCUCCAUUCUCAGACAACGAUACAUAACGAAACUGGAGGUAUCAUCCCAAAUGUUGCAAAAGAGUUGCAUAUGAAAAAUGUGGAAGGAGUUGUUACUCAGGCCCUUGAGAAUGCAAAGAUGGAUUUGAGUGACAUGGAUGCUGUAGCAGUGACGGUUGAGCCAGGUCUCAUCAUGUCUUUACGGGUCGGAAUGCAGUACGCUCAAAAGCUUGCCAGAUUGUCAGGCAAACAACUUAUCCCGAUUCAUCAUAUGGAGGCUCAUGCUUUGACGGCCAGAAUGAUUCAGAGAGUUGACUUCCCAUUCCUGGUUCUAUUGGCAAGUGGUGGUCACUGCUUACUGGCCAUAGCUCGGGGGAUUGAUGAUUUCCUUCUACUGGGAACUUCCCUCGAUGUCGCCCCAGGGGAUGCCUAUGACAAGACAGCUCGUGAGCUCAAGUUGAACAGUUUACCUCGCUUCCACGGCCUCAGCGGUGGUGUUGCAGUGGAGCAGAUGGCCAAGGAAGGAGAUCGCAAUGCUUUUCCACUUGUGCAUGUUAUGACCAGCCGUGCUAAUUGCAACUUUUCCUUCACUGGGCUCAAAAUAUCGGCAAGACGACAGAUACGGGCAGAGUAUGAAAGAUUAGGCUGGCCAGAGAGUGAGGUCCUCCCCAAUGCAGCUGACAUCUGUUCCUGGUUCCAGUAUAAUGUCACAUACCACAUGGCAAGGAGACUUCAAAGAGCUUUUAUAUACUCUGAAAUGAAUGAGCUUCUAGGAAAGAGCAAAACUUUGGUUGUGUCUGGAGGUGUUGCCAGUAAUGCUUACAUCAGGUCCAGUCUGGAGCAAGUGUGUGCUGCUUACAAUUGUCAGAUGGUGUGCCCUCCAGUCAAACUGUGCACAGACAAUGGCAUAAUGAUUGCAUGGAAUGGCAUGGAAAAACUUUUGAGUGGCAGGGAUUUCUCUCAAGAUCCUAGUACAGUGGAUGUUCGGGCCAGUCAAGAACCGCUUUUCACAAACUGUUACAGCUGUCUAAAAAGGUAGCAGUGAAGCCUCCAUGACCACAGUCCAGGGGACAUACCCAGCACCUCUCUAAGGGAAAUGCCCGUCCUCACUCCUCAGAGGGACAUGCCCACGAGUCUUCUCUGUAUGAACCACUAGACAAUUUUUGGGAUAUAUCAUUGACUCAUUUGUAGACAUGUCAGUGAAUAGCAGUGAUUUAGUGUAUUUUGAUCACAAUGAGGCUAUGGGGAAGAAAGUAGUCACUGAAACUGCUGCUGACCAGCGAGACGAUAGAUCUAGUCAUUUUCAGAAUGUUCUUGAUUUGAGUAUGUCUAUACACGGUAAUGGAGAAACAGAUGUGAAUGUAAAUGAUGGUGGAGAAAUGGUUUUUGGUGUGAAAAUAUGUGAUGCUAGAGAUAAGGCUCAUGAUGUGAAGGUGUGUGAUGGGAGAUAUGGGUCUCUUUUUGUGAAUGCUGAUUGCAGCAGAAAAAAUGUUUUUAAUCAUAAUGCGAAUGGAUAUGACGGUGGAGAUUAAGUUUUUUUAUUCCAAUAUGUAUGAUGGUAGGAUUGAAGCUUUUGAGUUGUUAAAUGGCACUGAUCCUAUUGGUGAAAUUAUUGAUUUCAACAUGUAUGAUGAAGAUUUGGAUUAGACUGUCACUGACCAGAGAGGCGAACAUGUUGAUUCCAAUAUAUGUGUUGAUAGAGGUGAGGCUCUUGUUGAUCGAUCAUGUGGGGAUGGAAACAACAGCGAUAAUGUGAGAAUAAUCAAUGGAAAGAAGAGAAAGCUUGGAAGAGAAAACUGGGAGAGAUUUGUGAACUCAAGAAACGUGAAGCAGGGCAAUCUUAUAAAGGAAGUCGAUACAGGGUUUGAGAACGUUGAAAAGGAUAGAAGAACUUCGAGGAAAGAUGCUCUUGCAAGGUCAAGUGUAAUCAGUGUUCGAAUAUCACAGAAGAAGAGAGGUAGGAAAUAUUUUAUUUCCUAUUGUCGCCGCCCUGGCCAGAGAAUGGUGUAUUUUUGCCUAGACAUGUAUGCAAGGUGCCAGCCAAACAGAAAAAAGCAGCGUCUGCAGCAUCUUGUAGGACUACGUCCCUGCAGUAUUUUCUGAAAACCAGUAGAUGCAGAUUCAGGGUCUGCUGUCAGACGUUUUGGUCUACAAUAGGACUCAAGGAAUGGUACGGUAUGUGAGACACCAUCGCGGAGGACCAGGUGAUGGCUUAUCAACAGGGAAUGAGUCUUGUCGGAGACUAGCAUCUGACUCUGAUGCGCGAUUACAUCUGCGACCCUUCCUUGAAAGUCUGCCUAAAACGGAGUCUCACUAUUGCCGAAAGAAAAGCUCCAGGCUAUAUUUAGAGGAAGUUUUCCAUUGCAGGACCGAUCUAUUUCGUCUCUAUGAAACAAAAUGUAAAGAAAAGAAGAUGGAGGCUCUUUCUCGUCCAAUUUUUGCCGAUGAAUUACAGAAAAUGAAUCUUUCUCUUUUCAAACCGCGCAAAGAUCAGUAUGAUCUCUGAUGAAGGCAAUGUCGAUGAAGACAUAUCUGGCUCGUGGGCAAAAGAAAGAAAGGGUACAGCAAGAGAUGGCAGCAGAUGAGGAAAUGGUCCAAAAUAAGGACAUGACAAAGGUCAUUACUGUGGAUCUACAGUCAGUUUUGCUUUGCCCCAUGCUGAAAGCAUCCGCAUUAUACUAUAGGACCAGACUCUGUGUCCAUAACUUCACAAUAUUUGAUUUAUAGUCACAUGGUGUCCAAUGCUAUGUCUGGCACGAGGCGGAAGGGGGCUUGUCUGCUCACGAAUUUGCUUCAUGCAUUGUGGAUUACCUGGAAAGUGAUCUGUCUUUUGAUAGGUACAUCAUCUAUUCCGAUGGAUGUGCUUUUCAGAACAGAAACAAAACAUUAGCCACUGCUCUUUCCAUGUUCUCCGUGAUGCAUGACAAGGAAGUAAAGCAGAAAAUACUUGAGAGGGGCCACACGAGGAUGGAGGUGGAUAACGUCCACCGCGUUAUCGAAAGACGAAUCAAGAAUAAGAAGAUGUUCCUUCCUAUCGACUAUGUUCGAUUAAUUGAAGAAGCCCGAAGAAAGCCAUUUUCGCAUUCUGUGAAGUAUUUGACUCACACAUUCUUUUCAAAUUCUGAUGGUGUGAACACCCUUAGUUGCAUCCGUCCAUGAUAGAAAGCUGGGGAUGCUACAGUUACUGACAUCAGGGCUCUGAAAUACCUGCUUGCUAGAAAAAUACUCUAUAACCUUGGAUUCGGGGACAAAUGGUCAGUUUCCAGAGAAAAGAAAUCAGUCUACAGCACUGAUUGCCACUCCCAAGAAGCUGUUUUAUGCCAACAGGAUCAUCUCAAAUGUCAAAUUCAAACAUUUGCAAGCACUAAAAUCAGUAAUAUCAUCGGAAUGUUGGGCAUUUUAUAACAAGUUGAAACAAGACUGAAUCGGAAUGUCCUCAACAAUACACUUUAUCAAAGCAAUCAAUUUUGUAUACAAUUAUUAUAUACAUUUUCUUCUUGUUAUCUUGAGGGUGCUUGCGCAGCCCAUAAGGCUGAUACGGUGGAACGCUAUCUCUCCCUGUCUAAGGUCAAUCUCUUGACCUGUCCCCAUGACCAUCCCUUCGACUUUAUCUCCUGUUCAAUGCUCCUUCGCCGGGUCUCCGGCGGGUGGCCUCCUUUUUUGUUCCUCUGGCUAUCCUGGGAGUGACAUUUGGGUCCAUUCUAAGGACAUGUCCAAUCCAGCACCACCUUUUCCUUCUCACCGCUACGAAUACUGGUUAGAUAAUUGUUUUUUCAGACAGUUCUUUAUUUUAUAUAGUUCUGGAUCAUGAACUUGAAUAAGUCUUCUUAGGGAUUUUUUCUUUUGGGGGAGGUUGAAUGAUAUAAUAUGGAAUCAUUUUAAAUUUCUACUCGGUGAUAUUGAAUUGAUGUGUUUUUGAUUAAGUAAAAUGUUCUGUUAUAUUAUAUCAUGUGUUACAGUUACAGCAUUACUUUAAUACAGUUGAAAAUGUUCUUGAAAGAAU